ACCACUACUAUCUAUAGUCAGUUUGAUAUAAAGCAAUAUUAAAUCUUAUGUACGCUUCAAUUUUUUAAUCAUGGGACCUCGUACAUCAGUAGAAAAGCUUCAGCACAUUAUUGAACGCUUCGUGCAUGAAAAGCGUGUGGUAAAUAAGAGCCGGCAGGCUCCAAAUAAAAUAUUUACCGAAAAAGAGUGUAAGUGGCUAGUGCGCCAGGUGAAGAAAAAUCCAACCAGAAGCGCUCCAAAAUUAGCUGAAAUGGCCGAGAAAUAUCUCAAUAAGAGUUGCCAUCCUGAAACUGUUCGAAGAGUUCUGAAGAAAGCAACUUUAAAUGGCAAAAUAGCCCGUAAUAAACCUUUAAUAAGCGCAGAAAAAUUAAAAGGAAAAGAAAAAGAAAAAAAGAUAAAAAUAAAAAUAUGAUUAAAAUAUAAAUUACCACAUAUUUUUGAAACUCCAGUGCUAUCACUAGAUGUGAACGUCAUCGAAAAUUUGAGACCGGUUUUGAAAACAAAUAAAAGACAGCAUGACAUCCAUAACAAAUCUGAUCUUAAAAGAGCUAUACUAGGUAAAGAGGAACUAAAUUAGUCCAGAAAUCACCGAAAAAUUGGUUAAUUCCAUGCCAAAUAGGCUAAUAAAAGAUAACCAAUAAAGUUCUAAAAGUGGCGCUAGCUCCAAUUUGGAACUCAAGGAAUUGUAAA